AUGAUUAAGGCAGCUAUUCCGGCUACUGUACAAGUAUCGAUGAGUGUGGAGGGAGAAAAUUCGGAUCUACAUCUUGGUUAUAAAAGUAACAUGACAUUGAAGGUGGCUUUCCCCUCAGGUACCACUCCAAGAGUGACCAUUACAAUAUCGGCAUCUUCGACCAAACUCGCAAUGGCGCUUGGCGAUACUAAUAUGGCCAGAAGAGGGGGAAAUAUUAUUUACCUAAGAUAUGGAUUUUACUACAGUGUCUUAGGCUCAACAAUGUCGAGUGGAUUUUACACCAUUCUUGGAGGGAAUUUUACUCUAGAAAAUGUGGAUAAUUAUGGAUCUUCAACUAACUAUGAGGACAGCGUAGUUGACGUAGAGACUGAAGCUUACGUCACAUCCAUAGAUUCUAUCACUGAAGGAGAGCAGUAUGUCGUCAAAUUCGCGGCCUAUAACAAUGGAGUCAGCAUUUGGAACAGGGAUGUCACAUAUACGAUGCGCACAGCAAUCAUGGAACCACCAAAAACACCAGAAGUAUAUGUAACCUUUCCUGACACAUCUGACCUUGAGCGGGGUAUGAUGGCCCGGAUUUCUGUUGACCUUUGGAUGCCCCUGCCCAACCCUGAUAUCGUGGUGACCGUCCAAAGUCCGCAGUCGGAGCUCCGAGUACUCCGUCUAUCAGUAUCAGCAGUGGGAGAUAAUUUCAGCUUCCUUAUGAAACUUGAUAAAUACGUUGUGAAAGGCGUCGUUUGCGACGAGACUGUCACGGGAAAUGAUACUCUUGAACUUGCAUUUCCAACGCACCUUUCAAACUUAGACGCGUAUUCGCCUACCCCUGUCUCUAGUAAAGACCUCAUACAAUUAGAGAGUCUAGUUUACAUGGACCUUACCUCCUUGGCCGGGGCCACAUUCCCAUUGGACUUCACUAUCUACGUUGACAAUUCGGUGCUAUGGACCAAAACGUUCCAAUUCAUUUCCAAAGCACCCGUUACUAUACCGAUUGCGUCAAAUAUGAAAAUGCUUCCAAACAACAAAAACGUUGCCGUUGGUCGGCCGUUUUCCAUGGACCUCAAUCUGACCUUUCCGGAAUUUGGUGUGUUCCAAAUAAACGUUACCGUCAAAUCCGUAGUAAGAGGAGGGAACGGGAAGGCUGGGGUCAUGAUGAAGAACAUUACUGUACAACUCACAGGGAGUAACAUCUUGUGUCACUCCGUAAAAAUGCACUUUUCCAAAACGGGUCAGUCAAAAGUUCAGAAUGUAAUGGUAGCUGUCAUAGGUGUCACUAACCUUGGGAGUCAACUUCCGUCUCCAAACGAGGACAAGAACUGGCUGGUCCUGCGGGCCUUCGCGAUUCCUGUGCCCGGAUACACCGAGAUUGGAGAUGCCAACUCCAUGGACAUCAGCAGUGGACCUAGGAAUGUUUCGGAAGAAGUGGACGUCACCAGUAUCGAAACAUUUGAUCAAAACUUGGUUUAUGUUGUGGAUUUCUAUCAUAAAGACUCAAUGGCAUGUAUAUCAGAGAACCAAACUUUUGAAAUUUUGGUCAACAUCACUACAGAAAGGAACAAGUCCCCCGGGUCAUUGUUCGUUCAAUUUCCUGUCGACGAGACUCCGUUUUCUAUACACGAAUACAAGAUAGUUCAUGUGGGAGAAAAUCUCUUGCCAUGUUUUCAAUCGAUACAGUUAGACGGUUCGCUGGAUAAGUUUACUGUAUACAAUGACGGGAGUUUAGGAAACGUUACCCUGGAAUUUCCUCUGUUUUGCAACAAAGGGGAUCCCUUAAGCGCCAGCACUGUUCUCGCCGACCAACUGACGAUCAGAGUUGUAAUGGGUAUCCGGAAUGACAUACAGGUGGAAGGUUCUGCAGCUAGAUUUAGCGUACUCGUUAAGUCAUCCGGUUUGUUGCAAAACGUUCUUGCAACACUCGACAUUAUUAUUGAAAAAAUGACCUUUUUCGAAAAACUCUCUAUGGUGCAUGGGAUCGAGAUCCUUAAGACUGAUUUUGAUGUUAUGCAAUUUGUCAGCAACUGUGAAGUAACAUACAGCAAAGACAGCUUAAAUUACCAGUCGACCAAUCUUCAGUUUGAAACCGAGAACACAACACAUGUGGUUUACAAUUUGGAAGACAGACCUCUGAGUACCAAUAUUGGAUUAGUUCCAGUCAGUCCAAACAGCACCUACUGUUGUGUAGCACACAACUUCCUGGUUAAGAAUCUUGAGGAAGGGUUUGAAGUGUUUAAUGACAUCAAUGGCACUAUCACAUCAGACAUGAUUUCCGUCUUUGACAGCAAAAAUGACACCUGUGUCAAACUUCCUGUUAUCGGACAAACUCCGCCCAUUUUGUGGAUGCGCAUUAACACUUCAAUGAUCUGGGGAUUGGCCCCCUCCGCUUUUCAACUUACUGUGAUUGGGCAAGGAAUAUCUUGUAAUAAACACAACAACGUUACAUUAUUACAGGUACUUUUCCCCAUAUCGUCUCCAAUGAUAGGUUUCCAAGGAGAUAUGACGUACUGUCAACUUUCGGAUGACCUCGUGUCGCAUUCUAAUAAUGACAGUCCUUCACGAUGUACUUAUCAGUGUCCCUGUGUUGGACCCCACUGUUCGGAAGUCCUCGUCUUUUUUGCUACCGCCUAUAGCAAUAUUGAAUGGAAUCUUUGCGAGCUAUUAGCAAACAACAUAUGAUGAAAUAUGUUUAUAUUUGUUUAUAUAUUAUAUGACUAGUUAUUGAACAUUGUUUGUUCAAAUGAAGUAAUAUUGUUGUAUUAAUGCUUUAUAUUUACAUUCUACUGUGUUUUUCCAUUAAAUUCUGUGAUCUUCAAAUGCCUCUAAAUGCAACAAGUAGUCAAAGGUCAAAUUGACGAGUUUUUGUUAUGACGUCACAAACGUUAAACGCUGUAAACUGCAACGUCACAAGCGAAAAUCAAAGUUCACGCUUGUGGCUGUUACUGUGGCUCUUCCAUUAAUAUUAACUUACCCUUAGGAUAAGAUAGGAAUUUUAAGGUAUGAAUCGCAUUUGCAGACAAGACAAGAAGUUAAAAAAAAUGUAAAUAUAAGCAUUAAAUCAUGAUUUUUUGAAGUAUACACUCUCAUAACUGCAGCGGUGUGUGCAUACAAAUUUUCAUAACGCGCUAACGCGCGUUACUCAAUUUGUAUGCACACACCGCUGCAG